GGCUACGACUGAACGAGGGUGGGAGGUGGCGCGAGAGCGAGGUGUGCGUGCAUGACAUAAACGUUGGAGGGUCCUGAGGGGAUGGUUCAAACACCAAAAAGGAGUUGAGCAAAAGGGAGACCAACAGUGAACCAUCACCUCCUGGCUGUCAGCCGUGAGUAACAAAGACCAGAGUAGUGCAGCUGUAAGAGGGGGGUUUGGCAACGCAAGCUGUGCAGGAAUAUUGCACCAGACAUUAUAGCCUACUUUUCUCAAAUUGCAUGCGCUAGUAUGUCUUCUUCGGUUGUAAGAGAAGCUUAAGUUGAUUGUCUUGGUGCUAAUUCUCUGAUAAGGAAGUCAUGAACAGGGAAAAGGUUCAGGUGGGAGACGUCUCAGUUGCUGCUCCGCCGGCGUCCGGUGUGACUGCCCAAACAGCUGUGAUCGUCGUGGCCGCUCCGGAAAGCAUGGACAAUCACGGCGAGAAGCGGCUCUCUGCCAACGCACUGUCGGUGUUUUCCUGCCCCGGGGGUAGAGACAUACUGCAAGCGGACAGUCGAAACAACUCUCCACGUCAAGAGCCGGCUCCGGUAGCAAUGCCAAUGCUUCACCGGACCACUUCAUUUUCGGUUUUGGACAUUUUGGACCCAAAUAAAUUUACGAGCAAAAAGCCAAAUCCUAACCGGACAGGCAGCGAAUUCGCCUUCGGGACAGAGAACCGUGGAGGUGAUGACUCGAAUCAUGAUGUAGAGCAGAAGUCUUAUGCAGAUGACUAUGACACAUGUCAAAAAUCUACAGGACUAAAGGAGGGGUUCAUGUGUGCCUACAGAUCCGAAGAAUGCGAGAAUGAUUUCAAAAGAGGCUCCCACUCUGACAGCGAGAUGCAGGAUGACGUGUGUAGUGAGGAGAGCAGCAGCGCACUAACUGGAAACGCGGAGGGGGAACUGGGACACCAUGAUGACGACGACCAGGCGAGCAAGAGCCCAAGAAGUCCUGGUGGACAGCAAACUCAACAGUCAGGGUCGAAUGGACAAAGUAAUCAAGGAAAGCCGAAGAGAAAGCGCUCUGGCUCCGAUUCAAAGUCGGGUAAGCCCCGAAGGGCCCGGACAGCAUUCACUUACGAACAACUUGUUGCACUGGAGAACAAAUUCAAGUCCACCCGAUACCUCUCUGUGUGUGAGAGGCUCAAUUUGGCACUGUCACUCAGUUUGACUGAAACUCAAGUCAAAAUCUGGUUCCAGAACCGACGGACCAAGUGGAAGAAACAAAACCCUGGCGCAGAUACCAGCGCCCCGACGGGCGGUGGCCAGAACGGCCAGAGCAAUGGACUAGGAAGCCUGAGUCCACUCAGCUCGUCUCCUCCCAUGAGCCAUCUGUCAAUGCACACGGGCUACCCAGGUCACGGACCAGGCGGGCUAGUCUGCACCACCCAAUUACCCUUUCUGCCAAGUCAUGCGGUACUGUCACCUUUCAUGUUAGGAUCUCAGACUUACGGAGCGCCUGCGUUUUACACUUCUCACCUGUAAAGAUAUGGAGAUACGUAUAGAGUUUUGCGCCCAAACAUCAUGUUUUCGGAGGCGUCUAAAAUUCACCGAUAUUAUCAAAAUAAUUGACUCCAAUGAGAUAAGAAUUUAAUAACCAUAUUAAACGUAUGGUUUUAGAGAACUAAAGACAUGCCCUUAACUAAAGACUUCUUAAAUGCACUUGAUGCUGUAGAUGGGAAGAACUCUGAACAUUUCAUGUUGUUGUUUCGUCAAGGACAAGUGCUCGAAGAAAAUCAACCUUUACCAAGGAAAGAAGAUUUUGUUGUAUUUGACUUUUGAUUUCAUUUUGAUAGUAUGCGAAUACUCGGGGUCAAAAUGUACAUACAGAUGUUGGCAAAUAUAUGUCUAGCUUUUAAUUUCGAAUGCAGUUCAUACAUAUUAGAGUUGAAAAAAUAGGCCUACAUGAUGUAUAUAAAUAUCGUUCAUUUACAUCUGGAAUGGCUUGACAUAUUGUAAUUACUGUGUAACUAAACUGUGAAAGUUUAAUAUGAUUAUUUUCAUAAGUUUUCCCUAUUCAUUUAUUAUAUAGGCCUAUAGUUAAUCUACCUGAGAAUAUUUGGCUCCAAUGAAUGCUCAUUUCAUCUGGACUCGUCUUUUAUAGUAUAAGACAAAGUAAAAUAAAACAAUAGGCUAUCAUUUACUAACGAAUAAGCUACUUUAAUACGAAUAUUAAAUAGAUUAAAUCUUUCUUAGUCGAUUUUUUUCUCUCUCCCCUUUCCACCAAAUUAAAGGACAUUUUGGAACUGAA